AUGACACUCUUUAACAGGUCCCGUCCGGACUCGCAGCAUGUUAUGACGCUUGACGAUGAAGAAUAUGCGCAGAAAGGCCUGGUUGAGCCCAGGUAUAUGGGUACCGUUGCUGAUCAACGGGAUAUGAAUGCUCUCGGCAGAGUCCAGGUUCUGAGGAGGAAUUUUAGAUUCAUUUCCAUUGUGGGCUUUGGAUGUACCCUGAUCUGCACAUGGGAGGUUAUUUUGACAUUGUUAUCAGCCGGCCUGACGGACGGCGGUACAGCCGGCUUGAUAUGGGGAUUCAUUGGUGUUUGCCUUGGCUUCGCCCUUGUUUAUGCAAGUGUCGCCGAGAUGGCUUCAAUGGCUCCCACUGCCGGUGGACAAUAUCAUUGGGUAUCGGAGUUCGCACCUAGACGAGGCCAAAAGUUCCUAAGUUAUAUCACAGGGUGGCUUUCUGCUAUGGGAUGGCAAUGUGCUAUUGUUUCCAUCGCUUACCUCGCUGGAACUAUCAUCCAAGGCUUGAUCGUGUUGAAUAGACCCGACUACGAUUUUCAAAGAUGGCAUGGCACCAUGCUGGUAAUUGCGAUCUCAACAUUCUCAAUCUUGUUUAAUACGUUCCUGGCCAAGAACCUGCCUUUCGUGGAAGGAUUAAUUUUGAUCAUCCACGUUGUCGGUGUAUUUGCCAUUAUAAUCCCGCUGUGGGUUCUCGCCCCGCGCAAUAACGCCCACGCAGUUUUCACCACGUUCAAUAAUAGUGGCGGCUGGAAUAGUUCCGGGACUGCGACGCUGGUUGGUUUAUCUACCACUAUUACUUCCAUGCUUGGCUAUGAUUGCUCGGUUCAUAUGUCGGAGGAAAUCAAGGAUGCAUCAGAGACACUGCCAAAGGCCAUCAUGUCUUCGGUCGCAGUUAAUGCCGUACUAGGCUUCAUCAUGUUGAUCACUUUAUGCUUCACACUUGGAGAAGUCGACAGAAUCCUCGACACCAACACGGGAUUCCCAUUCAUUCAGGUCUUCUACAACACCACCGGUAGUUUUGCCGCGACAAAUGCAAUGACAUCCGUGUUAAUUGUAACGCUGACAGCAAGCACAAUCACCGAAGUAGCAACCGCCUCGCGACAGCUCUGGUCGUUUGCUCGAGACGAGGGCCUUCCUUUUUCGUCUUUUUUCGCAUAUGUUACACCGGGUUGGAACAUCCCCCUGAAUUCCGUGAUGGUUUCGCUAGUCGUCACGAUCCUGCUUUCGAUCAUAAACAUUGGAUCACAGGUUGCACUCAAUGCUGUGGUUUCGCUAACGAUAACAUCACUUCUAUCUGCGUAUAUAUUGUCUAUAGGCUGUGUCUUCCUGAAACGGCUACGAGGCGAGGCACUCCCGCACCACCGAUGGUCGUUAGGGAAAUAUGGGUUGGCGGUGAAUUUCGGCGCAUUGGCGUUUCUUUUCCCGAUGUUCCUGUUUUCGUUUUUCCCGCUGACAACUGAUGUUACGCUUGAAACGAUGAAUUGGUCUGUGGCUAUGUAUGUUGGUGUUGUCGGGUCGGCGUCGGUUUAUUAUUUGGUGAGGGGGAGACAUCACUUCAUCCCGCCGGUGAUUUUAGUGAAAAGAGAGGGGGAGUAG